CGAACUGGCGCCAAACAGAGCUCCAACGUUAUCGCUUACCAACUAUCUGCAGCUCUAUUUGAGACCCCUGCAGCUUGAUAUUCUUAUUUCGAGUUUACAGGCUGCGCGAAAGGGUUGAAGAUCGCCAUGGUCCUCUAUUAUGGAGCUGGGGCUGCAACCGUGUCACUCCUCGUGAUAGGAGGGUACAUGCUAUUUCAUGGUGAUGGUGAACAGUUCAAUGUUGGCCACUUCCUCGAGUCCGUUUCACCAUACGCCUGGGCAAAUAUUGGUAUUGCUUUGUGCAUAGGGUUGUCUGUUGUCGGAGCAGCAUGGGGUAUCUUCUUAACGGGCUCAUCCAUUGUCGGCGGAGGUGUCAAAGCACCACGGAUUCGGACAAAGAAUCUGAUCUCUAUCAUUUUCUGUGAAGUCGUCGCUAUCUACGGAGUUAUUAUGGCUAUCGUGUUUUCAUCGAAACUCAACCUUGUCGAGGGCGACGAGAUCUUUUCCGGCAGCAAUUAUUACACGGGUUAUGCACUCUUCUGGGGAGGUAUCACAGUGGGCGCAUGCAAUCUGAUCUGUGGUAUCUCUGUUGGCAUCAACGGAAGUGGUGCAGCUCUGGCCGAUGCGGCUGACCCGAGCUUAUUCGUCAAGAUCCUCGUCAUCGAGAUUUUCAGCUCUGUCCUCGGUCUCUUCGGUCUUAUUAUCGGCCUUCUGGUUGGUGGAAAAGCGACAGACUUCGGGGCUUAAGUUCGGCUUCCAACAACAGUCUUCUUCGACAGAAGACUUCUCGUGAAACGAAGCUGGAUUCAUUCGGACCGGAUUCACUCGUACCAAUUUUCCCUUUCUUAAAUUUCUUGUUUCGUCCUUUAUCUGUCUGUUAUAUAAAGCAUUAAGGCGUCUGGAUUUGGGUUGACUGUAGAGCUUCUCCGGUAUGUAGAGAGCUGCAUUGAUGAUUUAGCUGUUCGCUGUGGUGAUGAUGUCCGCUAUGAUGUACAGUAAGAGUUGUCCAGGAUUGAUGGCAAAUUCAGAUAUCUGAG